AUGGUUUUUCUUGAAGUAAGAAUGUAUCCGAAAGGUUGUGCCCGAAUAUCUUCGAUAUCAAAUCGAAUAGCAAUCGCGAAACGUCUUAGUCCAGUUGGUGGCGUUAUUCGACAAGGUGAACGUUGGUUUUUGAGUGAAUAUGCGUUCGGCUAUAGCAUUCUAGAAUACGCCAAUCAGUCGUCACUGAAGCAUUCGCGUCCUUCACGAGUGCACUGGUUCGAAAAUGCACCGCAUUUCGAUGGUACUGAUAACGCGAUUUGUGAUAGACAAUUAUUCUACUAUUCCAAGUCGUUGAAGCGUCUUUAUGCGCUACCGUUACAGCAUUUCAAAUCACGCUCAUCCUCUUCCUCCUCGUUACCCUCCUCACCACCAUUCGAUUCAAAAUAUCCUCUUCGCAGUAUUUCUAUUCCACCGUUUAAUUCAACACCAAAGCCAAUGCUUUAUGCUCAUUCACUGUCAUUGGUGGAUCUGGAGAGCGAAUACGGGCAUGUAUGGGUAUUGUAUCGGACUGAUGCUUUUUUGAAGGUGAUCAAAUUGGAAUGCUCUACAAUGGUGAUCAUUCGCCAAUGGACACUUCGAGAAAUUUACCCCAAAGAACUUGUGAAUGCUUUCGUUGCUUGUGGCUUUCUCUAUACGAUCACUCAAGAAUCCGAUAAGAAUGUGAUUCAUGUAGUUUAUGACUUUGAUAAUGAUGUUUACGUGAAACCAUCCAAACAAAUUGGUCACUGGCGAAGAUACGGCAUCGGAACGCCGUCAAACGCCCAAUACGAUUCCAUUUCGAAAACAAUCAACAUUUUUGAUAGCGGUCUUAUACAUUCAAUUGCCACGAAACAAUGA